CGGGCACCCUGGAGUUCCAGGGAGGCGACGACCGCAAGCCCAUUUCUCUACGAGUCCAACAGGAUGACCUGCCAGAAGGCCCAGAGAUGUUCUAUGUAACCUGACCUCCACCUGGCUUAGCAGUGCUAGCAAGAACAAUUACACACGGAUCGGCGAUCUACAACUGGACAUGGCUCCAGCCAUCGGAUCUGUCCAUGUCAAAACCAUCGUCAUUAACAAGAAUGACAAUGCAGAGGGCACCAUCCAGUUCGACUCAUCUGCAAAAGAAAUGUCAAUUGUGGAAGAAAUAGGUAUGGCCAAGAUCCCUCUUGUGAGACUCGGUGGAAACUAUGGGAAACAAACUGUUCUCUUCUCUACCAAAAACACCACAGCCCUGGAGGGAAUCGACUACAGCGUUCCCCGCCAUGAAGUCACCAUGGAGCAGGGCCAGACACGGGCCACCAUCAACAUCACAGUCCAUGAUGACUCUGAGAUGGAACAUGCCGAGCAUUUCAAUAUCAUUCUCAACAGUAUUGUAGGUGGGGCAAAGUUAGGAGAUGCCGUUACUGCUACAAUCACCAUCCUCAAGUCUGACUUUCCUAACGGUAACUUUGGCUUCAGCAGUCUGCUGACUGUUACCAUGCCUAACCCGGACCGACAAAUCAACCUCAAUCUGACCAUACAUAGGACUGGUGGACUGACAGGACAACAAACCGUUUUCUGGCGUAUCCUAGGUCCCAAUAACCCUGGAAAUGUCUUGGUGGAAACCAAUGAUGUCAGUUACAAUGAGAACGGUCCGGAGACUACCCAGGGUUCCCUGGUCUGGGCGGAUGCCGAGGGAGGCGAGAAGACCUUUCAGCUGCGUGUCAAGCCUUACACCAGUUGGGAAAUUCAAAAGAUAUUUGUCAUUGAGAUUUAUAAGGUCCAGGGUUUCCCAAUGACGGUCGGAGAUGGAGAGGUCGGACCAUCUACUGGCAAAGUUGUCUUAACGAUUGAGAAGUUUGGAGACCCCAACGGAAUCAUCCAGUUUGAAGGAGUAGCUGAAUCAGAACAGAUGGUUGAUGAGCCAGAGGGUACUGGAUUGUUAGACCUUCGUUUUCCUGUCAGUCGCGGGGACGACACAGGAACUGUUGGUAGUAUACAGGUAUUCUGGGGUAUAACAGGACCUAUGGACAGGACAGCCGAUUUUCAGCCACGGAAUGGAUCUAUUGUGAUAGGAGAAGGCCAGCGAGACUCCGCCAUUGUUAUACAAGUCCUGCCUGAUGAUGUACCCGAACUAACGGAGAGAUACGAACUCUCUCUCAAGUCUGUAGAGGGUGGGGCUGAGAUAGCAAACUCAGACAACACGUCAGUCUUCAGUAUCAGGUUUAAUGACAAUCCUCAUGGCCUGUUUGGUGUAGUUCAGAGUGACCAAACUGUGGUCGUCAAUCCAGCGGACCUAAGUCGCUCGGUCAGACUCAACUUCACUCGAUAUGCUGGCAAAUUUGGCAAUGUUAUCCUCACCUUCCAGAUCAGAUACGACUUGCUACAGACAGGUGUGCUGCUGUCCAAGAGCGGAGGAAUUGUCUCGUUUGAUGAUGGCCAGUCCCAAGCUGUCAUAGAUAUCCCACUGGAUGGUGAUGGAUUCCUGGAGAUGGACUCGAGCUUCUCUGUGACCCUGACAGACGUACAGCUAUCAGGAACUGCAGUGACAGAGCCACCAGCACUUAAAGCAGGAGAGAGGGAGGCCAAGGUUAUUGUCCCAGCUGCUGCAGCCAAUAGUGAAGUGGGCUUCUCUGUGACCAUUGCUGCUGUGGAUGAGGUAACCACAACAACGACCUUGACCUUGGAUCGGCGUGGGACCUAUGGAACACUGGAGAUCAUAUGGAAGGCUGGCUUUGUGCCAGGGAACCUACCUAAUAACUUCGUGGAGGGAACUGUUAACCCCGAGCAGGGAAGUGUCACUAUAGCACAUGGGGUGACCUCGAAGGACUUCACUGUACAGCUGACAGCCAAGCCCUCCCAGGCUGAGCUGUUCUCCCUCCAUCUUCCCCAAGCUCCCAUCACCACCAUCUCUGGCGGGGCUAGACUGGCCCCUAAUACUCGACAGGUUCAAAUAGAGCCAAAUGGCAUUGUUCGCUUCGCUUCUAACUCCACCAAUCCAAGCAUUUCAGAGAUGGAAGGAAAGAUUUAUUUAAUGGUACAAAGAUUGUAUGGAUCAGAAGGCAAGCUAGAGGUCACGUACAGGUCAGAGGCGGUGACUGCUGAUAAAGGCAUUGACUUCAUCACCAUGGAGACCAAUGCUGUAAUGCUGGAGCCUGGUCAAACCUCUGGCCUUAUUGAAAUAAGGGUACUGCAAGACAACAUCCCUGAGGAAGAGGAAAUCCUGUUCAUCAAUCUCACUCGUGUGGAGAAAUACCCCACAGAAAUAACGCCAAGAAUCUCCCCUCGUUUGAGCUCUCUGUACACCAACUCAGUGGUCCGUAUUGAGGAGAGCAAUGACCCGUACGGAGUGCUGUGUAUGGAACCUUCCGAGAUCAGUGUGGAGGAGGAGUAUCGACAGGUCAACAUCUCUAUCGUCAGGACAGGAGGCCUGUUUGGAACAGUGUCCGUGGUGGUACGUACAGUAGGAGGGGGAGAAAUGUGGACUUCAAUGAUAGUUCCGUCACCCGGAGACACAAACGACACCAUCAGACAGGUUCUGGGCAAUCGCCAAAGUUACAACGUAGCUCGUGGUGGUGAAGACUACGACGUUUUAGACACCAAAGUUACACUACAGCAAGGACAGCAGACUGCAUAUGUGUUGGUGACAGUUCUGGCAGACAAUGCGGCCGAGCCAGACGAGACCGUUAUCGUGUACCUUACACAACCCACAGCCGGGGCACGUAUAGCAGAGGGGGCGCCUGACGGGGGUAAAAAGGGCUAUUGUGUCAUCACUUUGCUGCAAAAUGACCUAUCAAAUGGAGUCCUUGGGUUCGCAGAGAGCUCAAAGGUCAUCAGGGUCAGCGAAGACACGGCGAACGUGGUGAACUUACGACUGGUACGGACAAAUGCCUUCUACGGAGAAGUCGAGGUGUCCUGGGUAACCAAACUAGCUGUAAAUAGUACGGAGGCUGAGGAUGCGAUACUGGCCAGUCAGCUGAUGAGAACCGCAGGUACCGCCAUAUGUGCUGCCCGAAAAGCUUCCUGUCACUUCAAUAUCACUGUUAGAAACGACAAUAUUCCCGAGGAGUCCCAUACCUUUAUAGUUAAGCUGGUCAGUGUAAGAAGGGAUGCCCAGCUUGACAGUGGUAGUUUGGUUUCCACCGUAACUGUUGAAGCCAGUGAUUAUGUUCGAGGUCUGCUCCAGUUCACAGAAAAUUCCAGAUUGUUAACCGUGGGGGAUACUAGCAGAACAGUAGUACUAAAUGUCGAGAGAAAGAUGGGUCAAGGUUACAAAGUACAGGUGGGCUUUGAGACCAUGCAGAUGACCUCUCAGGUGACCAAACACGGAGUGACCAUCAACCCGGCCCUGGAGCAGGAAGACUUCAGUAGUAAAGUGGGGAUGCUGGUGUUCGAGAAGAAUCGACAGGAUAUAGAGACUAUCGAAAUCAACCUAACCCCGGCCAUACUCUCCAAAAAUCCUCUGCCAAAACAGUUCUUUGUGACCCUGAAAAACCCUAGUAAUGGAGCCAGUAUCCACUCCGAUAUCACACACUCGCGGGCAGCUGUGCGUAUAGUCAAGGAAAAGAACCUGCCGAUAUGGAUCGCCAUUGGGGAUCUGGACAAAGGGCCAAACUUUAACGACACAGAAAUUCUGAGGACAUUGUCCCACUUGGACACCAUUGCCAAAGUGGACAUGGACGAAACGGAGGUGACACUUGUAGAAAGCAUCCUCAGCGACUUCAUAGAGGAAGGCCUCAAACGACAAUUACCUACGGAGAUUAUCAACCAGAUCAUGAACGUGAUGUGUAACAUGCUGAACCCGUCUAAAAAUGACGCCACCAGGUGGCGCUCCUCAUUAGCUACCUUGAUGGAGAAGCUGGCUUAUACGACACUGACAGGGAAGGCCUGUCCUAGCCCCGAUCCUCCUGAACUUACCAGUCUACAGUGUGUCUACAUGAGGAUGUCUGCAGGACGAUGGCCGCUGGAGAAGAUCCAGAAUUUCCAGUACCAGGCACAGAGAUUAGACACAUUCACCGUGCCAGAUAAAGUGGAGAAUCCGCCUAUUCCUGUCGACAUUGACUGCCUGGACUUCCACCUGAUGGAGUACAGCAGCGAGCAGUGGUUCAUGAAAAGUGACGAUCCCGAGCUUCUUAGUAACAAGAUAAUUGGUUUUGGAAUGAAGGACAGACAAUCAUCUUAUUCCGAGUCUCCAGCAACCUUCCGAAUCCACACGCCUGAUAGACGACUCGCCACACGAAGGGCACAGUGUGUGUAUUACGACAUGACUACAGCGGACUGGGUGAACCCCCAGGGUACGACUUGUACAGUGACCAACAACCUAGAGUUGGCCACAGAUGACUACGUGGAUUGCUCCUGUAAACAUCUCACUCACUACGCGGUGAAGGCCACCCCUCUAGAUGCCGGACUUGUUGGCUACUCGGUCUGGUUCUUUGUGGUCUCAUUCUUCGUUAUGGUUGCCAUGGCCCUCACCAUUCUGGUCCACCAUAUUUGUGCCAACCUCCACGCCAUGUUUUCAGCCAACCUGCUGGUGCAUAUGUGUUUUGCAUGUUUUGCCACACAGCUUUGUUACGUGGUAGCAGCCUAUGUGAGUCCGACCGAGAUUCUGGUGUACAACAUCGGUCAGGACAACUACAGAUGUAUCGUGAUGGGACUGUUUCUUCAUUACUUCUUCCUCUCGCAGUUCACCUGGAUCAUGGCUCAGGCAAUCAACUUCUGGAAAAUACUGGUGCUGAACGAUGAACAUACGGACAGAAAAUAUGUCCUAUUCUUCCUCAUCGGAUGGGGACUGCCUGUGGUAAUUCUGGCCGUGUUCUAUGUGGUGGCCUUUAACCUCUACAAAUAUGUCUACAACAUGCCCGUGGAUUUUAUUUAUGGCGACGUCAACAAUAACGGUGAAAUGUGUUUUGUGACAAACCCAUACGCAGCCCUCGGGGGUGUCAUUCUCCCUGUACUGCUGAUGCUGUUAGUGGUGGGCGUGGUCUUCGUCAAGGCUUUCCAGGUUACCCCACAGUGGCAGGCCUACGACGAUAUCUACAGGGGGCGGUAUAACAUUAAUGAGAUCCGAACACUGCUGUCAUUCUGGGCGGUGAUCACACUGACGUGGCUGUGGGGAGGACUACACAUGGCGUACGGACAACUCUGGAUGCUCAUCAUGUUCUGUAUAUUUAACUUACUACAGGGACUUCUAGCCCUUGUCCUGUACACAAUACUUCGUAACCCAUGUGUACAACAGUGUUUCGGCCCACAAAAGCAGCUCUACUCCAUCUCGGCUGAUGCCAACACUGGUGUGAUGUCGGGCGGGGAUGACAUCCGUCACCACAUGGCUUCUGUAGAGAUAGGCAGUCUGAAGGGAUCUAGGGCCUCUCUACUGAACGAGAGCUGGGAGCGAGACUCCAUUCCAUCCAAGAGUACCAUGAAGGUGAAACGACAACUGGCGUCCAGUGGUAAUAUUUACGUGACGCCACCCGUCCUCGUCCAGUCCAACGACGGAGACACCACCACGGAUAAAGACUUUGACGAUUUACUGUAUGCAUUAAAGACAGACGGCAGUUAUACCGCUAGUGAUGUCAACAGUCUCGACUCGGACAAAAUAUCAGAAAUAUCUAGUAAAGUAGAUAAAUACGAAAUGAGACGAAUAUCCAUUGCAGAUACACAUUUAUGAGCUUCACUCGAUAUUUUGUAUGCUGUGAAUUAAUAUUUUGUAUUGUCAAAUAUCAAAAGAACAUUGUACAUGUAUGUUUAAAACUGGUCUGAUCAUGUGCAGUCAUACUUUCUCAUCAAGGCUGUGAAUCAAGUCAAACUUAUUUUAUUUUUUAUUUUCAUUAGUUGUCAUAAAUUAUGUUGCUGUACAGAGAAUUCAAUAAAUCUCUGGGCUUUAUAUAUAUUUCCAGAAGGUCAACAGGAAAAGUCCUUUAUGUAUGAUUUCUGUGUUAAGUCAGUGGUACCAACAUUUCAUCCCCAAUUCUAAGUAGGGCUUAUUAGACUGAUAUAACAUUUAAACUGCAAUAUAUAUCGAUGGAACUAGAAGCUUUUUGCUUGUAGGUACAGCAAUGUAUUACCAGUCUCAGCAUUCUAAUCUAUUUAGAGUUACUUCCCUUUGUCCCAUUCCAUCGCCAUAAGCUAAUUAGAGCAUUUCCAGUAAAACGUCUAAUCCAUCCGAGGACUCCAGGUUUUGUUAAGGGGUAGCACCCAUAGAAUUUAGUUAAUUAAUUACAUAGAAGUAAUCCAACUAUGGAUAGAAGUGGUUUAUUUUAGAGUCCUGUGGUUAGGUAGAUAUAUUAAUGGAAUAGCCCUUCAAUAAUUAACUUGCACAGCCGGUGUGGGCAGAAAAUGAAUCUCGGCUGAUUGUGAUAUACAUGUUUAAGUUAGAUGUAACAUGUUGUGCAGUAUUUUGAAUGGUACUUUUGUUAUAAAUCUAUUGUU